AUGGCCUUGCGGAACUUCAUGGCGAGACGCGGAGUACCAAAACGAAUCUUUAGCGACCGUGGCACAAAUUUUACAGCAUCUAGCAAAGAAUUGGGAGCAGCCUUGAAAGAGAUGAACCAGGAUCAGGUGAUACAAGAGAUCGUGAGUCCUCAUACUGAGUGGGAGUUCCUUCCUCCUGCUUCCCCUCACAUGGGCGGAAGCUGGGAACGUCUCGUGCGGUCGGUGAAAGUAAAUCUGCAAAAAAUUAAACCCCAGCGCAAUCCUUCUGAUGAAUCUCUGCGGAACAUUUUGGUUGAAAUAGAAAAUACUGUAAACUCGAGACCGUUGACAUUUGUAUCCGUGGAUGAACCUGAUGCCCCAGUAUUAACCCCAAAUCAUUUUCUACUGGGAUCUUCUAAUGGAUUGAAACCAGCUGCACCGCUCGAUGAUAGUAGAUGUAUUCGAAAAGUGGGCAUGGCGAGUCUCACAGGCAGAAGCAAACCUUUUCUGGAGAAGAUGGGUUAG